AUGUCCUCGGCCGCUGCAAACAGAUCCGCAGGUACCAUGAAUGCGCAACGGUCUACUCGAUUUGGAGAUUUCCCCACUGCGCCAGGCAGGCACAAUAGCGACGAUAGAACUUCGCAAAACUCAACGCUCGGCCAAACUUUUGGAAACGGCGGUACCUGGCAGCCUUCGACGGGUAUUUGGGGUAGUAACACGAUCGGGAGUGGUUUUGCCAAUACAAAGCGAGAUGCCUCGCGCUCUCGAGGUAAUUAUACAAGCGAGAUGGAAAUUUUUACAUUCACUGAUGGUCGUCUAGCAGCAGAUAAUGAUGGCUUUCCAGAUGCCCCCAGUGGCUCUGGUGCUCUAGCCGCAUCUUCAGAAGCCGACCCUUGGGUUGCUCGCGCAAAUGGGCCUUGGAAUCCUCCAGACACAACAUCUCCAACGUUACAAUCAUCGCAUAGCGGAAGUACCUCUCCUUCCCACCUCCGCAACAGUAUUCCGUCACAGACACCACAAAGUCUACUUGAGUUACAAACAUACCAACAAUCAAGACCUGCUAUCGGUCAAGGAACCAGUUUCAGUCGACAGCAACCCAAGAGUAGCUUGGACCCCUCUUCUGGAAGCUUCAAAUUCUCACGAAAACCUUCCUUUGGGUUCAACGACGACAAGGAAAAUUCUUCCCAAUUUUCGUCUAAUCAAGAGAGUGCAUAUGAUAUUGAUGUAUCAUCUAGGGCCUUCAGAAUGGAUCAAUUGGGCUCUCAGAACCCAAGCUACCUUGGUAUAGGCUCCGUUUCAAGGGAUGGAAGUAUGCCUCCAUCCAGAGCAUCGGAGAGUGGCCUCAAUAAUUUGACAUUCGGCAAUGGAAAUCCAACGCAUGGCUCUAUUGGUGGUCAUACUCCCAACAAUUCAAUCCAUUCACAUCGUCCUUCCUUCUCAGCAAUGUCAGGCUCGUUUGCACAGACGAAUUCAUCUAGAUAUGCUGAUCUUAAUACGCAAACAGAAGCUGAGCUACGGGAGAAGUUUGCAGGAUUUGGCUUCACCAACGAUAUGGAUCAAACUGGCGCAUCUCAGAUCGGCAACGCUUUGAGUUCCUCGUAUUCCCCAACCAACCAAAACUUUAAUCAGCAGGCUUUCCAAGUCAACGGUGGAUUAGCCAUGUGGAAUGAUGGAUCAAGUGGUCCCAAAGUCAAUAACUACGACCAUUUCUCGAAUCAAGCACCUUUCACAGAUCAAGCCUAUUUCACGAAAGGGCCUAGAUUUGAUAGAGGUUCGGUCUCUCCUGCAUCAAGCGACUACCGUCGUAGCCUCAAUAGUCCAAAAUAUUUCUCCGGCACUCCUCCAACGGGGCCUGAGCAAAUUUACCGACCAAGCUCAAGGGCUGGCCCUAGAAUACCUCAAGGCCCAAGUGAAUUAGACCGCAGACUUCAACAUGUCCAAUAUUCUCAACACCAGGCAUAUCUUUACAACAGCGGCCAUUUCCAGGGGCAAUAUUCACCACAUUUAUACGACUACUCACCACAAACUUUUAGGCAAACCAACGUACCACCAUAUGGUUAUCCGAUACCACUUCCUCCUUAUCCGGCACAAAGUAUCCCUACUCGUCCAGCCAAGGAUCAGGAUGUGGGACUUGGAGUUAGGAGUGUACUUCUGGAAGAAUUCCGUUCCAAUGCUAAAUCCAACAAGAGGUAUGAGUUGAAGGAUAUCUAUCAACAUGUUGUUGAAUUUAGUGGAGAUCAGCAUGGGUCACGGUUCAUUCAGCAAAAGUUGGAAACAGCUAACAGUGACGAAAAAGAACAACUUUUCCGAGAGAUUCAACCCAAUGCGUUACAGUUAAUGACUGACGUCUUCGGAAACUAUGUUAUCCAAAAGUUGUUUGAGCACGGGAAUCAGGUUCAAAAACGUGUGCUAGCUGAACAAAUGAAGAACCAUGUAAUGGAACUUUCAAUGCAGAUGUACGGCUGCAGAGUUGUGCAAAAGGCUCUCGAGCAUGUCCUCGCCGAUCAGCAAGCUGAACUUGUCAAGGAACUUGAGGCAGACGUGCUCAAGUGUGUCAAAGAUCAGAACGGUAACCACGUUGUCCAAAAAGCUAUUGAGCGUGUCCCAACAGAACAUAUUCAGUUUAUUAUCGAAGCAUUCCGAGGACAAGUUCAUAUUCUCGCAACUCAUCCUUAUGGAUGUCGAGUGAUUCAACGCAUUUUGGAAUAUUGUCAACCUCGCGAUCAAGAGCGAGUCCUAGAGGAAUUGCAUCAAUGUGCUUCGAAUUUGAUCACCGAUCAAUACGGCAAUUAUGUUACUCAACAUGUCAUACAACAUGGAAAGCCUGAGGAUCGUGCCAAGAUUAUCAAGAUCGUCACAGCACAGCUUUUGACUCUGUCCAAGCACAAGUUUGCCUCAAAUGUUGUGGAGAAGAGUAUACAAUUCGGCACAGAUGAACAAAGACAUACUAUCGUUUCUCUAUUAACCGCUCUUCAUAGUGAUGGUACAAGCCCUCUGCAAUUGAUGAUGAAGGAUCAAUAUGGCAAUUAUGUCAUUCAAAAACUUCUUGGGCAACUCAAAGGUGCCGAAAGAGCAGCAUUUGUCGAAGACUUGAAGCCACAACUCUUGGCACUCAAGAAAUAUAAUUAUGGCAAACAAAUUGCUGCCAUUGAAAAGUUAAUCUAUGGUCAAGAUGACUCGCAGCAAUCAUAUGCCGCAUCUCCAACUGGUACGGCAUCUGGUGUUCACACACAAUCGAUCGAGAUGAAUUCGAGUGCGCCAACUCCGCUGCUUACAAAUGGGCAAAACAGUCCCCAAAGCAGUAGUCUUCCCAGUGCGAACGUCAGUACAAUUGAAGAUCUUACAGAUAGUGCAUCCUCAGACAAGACCGCCGUUGCUGCUAACGAAAAGUCUUGCCCUGAAGUCGUUAUCAGCGGCGUUUAA